CUUUCUCUUCUGUAGCUAGCCCACAAAGUCAAAAUGCCCGGAAACAAUAACGCCGAGCGUACCUACAUCAUGAUCAAGCCUGACGGAGUUCAGCGCGGACUCGUUGGAGACAUCAUCUCCAGGUUUGAGAAGAGAGGCUACAAGCUGAUCGCACUGAAGAUGAGAAGCGCCGACGAGGAGUUGUUGAGGAGACAUUACUGUGACCUCACCGAGAAGAAGUUCUUCCCUUCUCUCCUGGCCUUCAUGACUAGCGGGCCUGUUUGCAGUAUGGUCUGGGAGGGACUCGACGCCGUCAAGCAGGGACGACAAAUGUUGGGUGAGACAAACCCUCUGAACUCCAAACCUGGUAGCAUCCGAGGAGACUACUGUAUCGAUAUGGGUAAGAACAUCUGUCACGGCAGCGACUCCGUGGAGAACGCUGAGAAGGAGAUUGCAAUGUGGUUCGGGGAAGGUGAGGUACAGAGCUACGUCCAGUCUAACUCCGUCCACAUCUACGAGUAAAGAUCACUUGAUGUGUCACGUGGUGCGCGCAGGUCACGUGCAGUUUUGCACGUGUGACUGUGACUGUCGGGAAUGACUAAGUCAGUCGAACCAGUGCCGCACAGCUCGAAGAUUUUUAGCCUUUAGGAUCUUUUAAAUGUGAAAGUAUGUUAUUUAUUCGUGGGUUAGCUUGCAAACUUAGCA